CACAUAUAUAUACUCCUUAAUCCAAUCCAAUUUUCAAUUAAAGCAGAAAAAAGGUUUACAAACAAAACCCUAAAAGGCUAAAACGAUGACGUUUUCAUGGAGGCGGAGGAGGGGGAAGAAUCAGAUCACCGCGAUCGCCCACGAAAUUGAGCUCACAAUCCCCACCCAUUUCCGCUGCCCUAUCUCGCUCGAUUUGAUGAAGGAUCCGGUCACGCUCUCGACGGGGAUCACCUACGACCGCGACAGCAUCGAGAAGUGGAUCGACUCCGGCAAGGUUACCUGCCCCGUCACCAACCAGGUGCUGCUCAAUUUCGACCUAAUCCCCAACCACUCCAUCAGGAAGAUGAUCCAGGACUGGUGCGUCGCCAACAAGUCCCACGGCGUCGAGAGGAUCCCCACGCCGCGGAUCCCGAUCUCCCGCUACGAGGUCUCCGAGAUCUGCGCCAGAUUGGUGGCGGCGGCGCGAUGUUCCGACGCCGCGAAGUUACAGGAGCUGCUUCUCAGGACUAGAAAUUCCGCCAAGGAGAGCGACCACAACAAGCGGUGCAUCUCCGCCAACGGCUUCGGAUCUGCGCUGGCCGAAUCGUUCGAGUCCUUGGCGCAAUUUUCCGCCGAAGAUAACGAAAACCUAAUCAAAGAGAUCCUAUCCGCGCUGACGUGGUCGUUUCCGGCCGAUCAGGACGGAAUUUCGAGGCUGAAAUCGGCGGUUUCGCUGCGAUGGAUAGCGCGGCUGUUGAAGGCCGAGGACGAUCUGUCGUCGAGACAGAACGCGGUGUGUGUGUUGCGAGAGCUCAUCUCUGCGGAUCAAGGGGGAAUUGUGAUUGAUGGAGUAAUGGGGAUUGAAGGUGUAAAGGAAGCUCUGUUUCAGAUUGUGAAAGUACCAAUUUGCCCCAAGGCCACUAAGGCAUGUUUGGUAGUGAUCAAUUACUUGAUUGAAAAGGAUGAAAAAACUGCUUUAAGAUUAGUCCAAAUGGGGCUCAUCCCAUUCAUUCUAGAAAUCCUGGUUGAUGGUGACAAGAGUGUUUGUGAAAAGGCCUUGGCUGUGAUGGACACCAUCUGCAAUUCGAAGCAAGGGAGGGAGAGCGCCAACGAGAACGCGCUCACAGUCCCCUUGCUCGUGAAGAAGAUUCUGCGCGUCUCGGACGCUGCAACAGAGCUCGCCGUCUCCACUCUUUGGAAGCUCUGCUUGGGAGAGAAUGAGAGUGCUCUGGUUGAGGCAGUGCAGCUUGGUGCUUUUCAGAAGCUCUUGGUUGUGCUUCAAAUUGGGAGUGGAGAGAGAUUUAAGGACAAACUCACUGAUUUGCUCAAACUAAUGAAUCUGUAUAGAGAUAAGUUGGAUUGCUUUGAUUCCUCCAUGGGAUUCAAGUACAUCAAAAGAUCUAACUAAUUUUACUCAUUUUAGAACAAACAUACAGAUACAAUCACAAUAGUUUUGUAGAAUUCAUUCAAUUCUUUGUAAACAAACAUACAGAUACAGUUUCAUGAUUGGAGAAAAUGUUGUCAUA